CAGUGACUAUUUUUUUGCUAAGAUUUGUGUCAGAGAUCUACAUCACUGCUGAUAUCAGAACGACGAAGUUACUUAUUUCGAACGACCCAAUAUUUCGUUGGAUAGUCUGCUUAGUAAUAUCAAUCAAGUCAUGGGAACAGUGUGUAUUUGUAUCGUGCGCCUAUUUAUUAAGACAAAGAUUUACUUUGAUAAACAAUGAAGUAAGGAAAAUGACGUUGCCAUCCAGGGACAACGCUGCAUCCCGAUUAAUAGUCAAACUGAAGAAUAUUAGGAAGUUACACUACCAGUUGUGCACUGUUGGUAAAAAUAUCAAUUCUCACUUUUCCCUGCAGUUGUUGCUGAUUAUUGGCGUCACGUUUGUAGAAUUUGUUAACCAUGUUCAUAAGUUUAUUGGAAAUUUUACUGAUGAUAUCGAUAGCAGUUCAAUCUUUAACUAUAACACACUACUGCUAGUGAUGCUACCUUUGAAAAUCUGGGAUGUCAUCGCAAUUUGCGUCCUGUGCAGCUAUACCAAAUAUGAGGUAAAUCUAACUGGUGAUAUUUUAUUUAAUAUUCACAACAAAUAUGAUUUAACUAUAUCAAAAGAGAUUCAAAUUUUUUCAAGGCAAAUUUUGCAAUGGAAGUUUAAAUUUACUGCUUUUGAUUUUAUUGAUAUUGACACUAGUCUUAUCUGCGAGAUAAUUGCCACAGCUGCUACAUACUUGACAAUUAUAAUUCAGUUUGAUUCCAAGAUAUUGUAGAAAUAUAUUCUAAGGAUAAUUAUUUAUUUGCAAGAGUUGAAUUACUAGCACAUGAAUGGAGCCUAGACUACACUAUUCUCUAUACACUAUAAUACUAUUGCUGCUGUGGACGGCGGACGGUUCACUUAUACCGUCGAUGAUGACGUGGUCCACUGGAGUGAUGCUUGGGUAGGGGUUGGUGCGAAGAUUCGUGACGGCGGAAUUUGGAUUGGUGGGUGGAGCGGACGAUAUUUUUUUAGGAGAUGAUGACGUGGAGACCCCUGCUCUGACCCCUCUCGAUCCCCUGCUGGACAUAGGCCUCCUCUGUUUGUCUCCAAAGUGUUCUAUCUUGUGCUUUCUGUAUUCAGUUUUAUUGUCUUUCGAAAGUUGACUUGCCAUCGUGUUGGUGCUCUUCCUCUGCUACGAUUAUCGGCUCUUGGUUUCCAUUCAACUAGUUUGUGAGUCCAUCUUCCGUCCUUCAUUUCCAUUUUAAGUUACAGCUUCUUUCAAUGGCGUUUAUGACUUUGGUCUUAGCUCGUAGAUCUUCGUUUUUAAUCCUGUCUUGUAGAGUGACUCCUAUCAUUCAUCGCUCCAUUCUUCUUUGCGCUAGUCUUAGUUUUUGUGCGUUUUUCUUUGUGAGCGAUAAUGUUUCUGCACCAUAGGUCAUCAACGGUAGCACGCAUUGGUCGAAAACUUUUUUUUCUUCAUAUUAGCUGGAAUGUCACUCUUAAAAAGGUUCCUAAGAGUAAUAAGUAUAUAUACAAGGUAGCUCAACUUCAGGGGGUUUUUAUGUUUAUUUAGUACUUAUUAGGUAUGCUUUUUAUUUUUUGUAAAUCUUUAUUGUUAUUUCUCAAUAAACAUUAUUAUUAUUAUUACUUGUCCCAAAUCGUCUGCGUAGCUUAUGUGGUGUAGUAUCUCUCCGUCCAUAUUUAUUCCUUUGUCACUCCAUUCGAGGGUUUUUAUUGCUUUUUCUAGAGCCGAUAUGAAAAGUUUAGGUGACAGCGUAUCACCUUGUCGGAUCCCUCUUUGGAUUUUUAUUUGGUUGCUGUUAGCGUGUAGUUGUAUCGAGCUUGUCGCAUUUUUUAUAUACAGUGAUGAGCGCGCUAAUAACCGGC